AUGAUCGCCUUCUCGUUAGUGAAAGAUGCAGCGCGAAAGCGACAUUUUGUACGGCUCUAUGAUAAGGGUCAAACAGAUACAUUCAAAUUAAUAGUGAUGCAAUUACUCGGGCCAAGCAUUGAAGAUUUAAGAAGGCACAUACUUUGUGCUGAUUUCACGAAAGCCACAGCAAUGCGAAUCAGUCAACAAACAUUACAAGGAAUUUGGGAUUUGCAUUUAACUGGAUUCAUUCAUCGCGAUAUUAAACCGCAAAAUUUCGCAAUUGGAACUGGUGAUAAAGAUGAUGUUAUAUAUAUUCUUGAUUUGGGUAUUGCGCAUCGUUUCAUCGACAAAUACACCAAUAAAAUCAAAUCCCCCAGGACGAAAGUUCGUUUCAUGGGAACUGUACGAUAUGCGUCAAGGAAUUGUCAUCGAUGCAAAGAACAAUCUCGGAAGGAUGAUCUCGAGACGUGGAUAUUUAUGAGCGUUGAACUGUAUGCAGCAACAAUAUUACCAUGGAGACGAGUGGUUGAUAAAGUCACUGUGCUUGCUGAAAAAGAAAAAUUCUUCACUGAACCAAGUCCGGAUAUUUACAAAAAAGCACCAAUGGGUUAUGGGAGUAUAUCAAAAUAUGUUGACAACUUGACGUAUGAAGAAGAACCGAAUUAUACGCUUAUUCAGUCAGCAUUAGACGAAAUAAUCAAAAGUGAAUGCAUUGAUAUAAGGCAGCCGUUUGAUUGGGAAGGGAAAGUGUUGGAGAAGACGGAACGUGAAAAUAGAAGACGAGUAGUGAAAGAAAAAGAGAACCUUGAUCGGAGGAAAUUCGAAUCCAGAGUCUCCAAAGAUGUUCGUUUCUUCCNACAUAUUAAGAACUGGAGAGGCUGCAUUGACCCGCAUGUACGUCUCGUAUUCGACUCCUUCAGUGUGACCGUACUUCCCCCUUUCAUCUGGCAUCAGUUGCUUACAGAAGUCAUUGCAGGCUCAUUGAUCAGUAAAUGCUAA